AUGGAGAAACACCAAGUCAUCGAAGGUGAUAACAAGAUACAGACCUCUGAAUCAUUCAUAUCAGAUGAUGCCCUCGAGGGCCAAACAUCAUCGGAUGGCCCCGUAUUAAAACGUUCGCUUAAAUCGCGACAUUUAUCGAUGAUUUCGAUCGGUGGUGUUAUCGGUCAAGCGCUAUUCUUAUCAUCGGGCACAAAUCUUUAUCAAGGAGGUCCUGCUGGUGCUCUAAUCGCAUAUGCAAUCAUUGGUUUCAUUGUAUUUUGGGUGGCAUACUCCCUUGGUGAGAUGGCAACAUACAUUCCGGUCUCUGGAUCCUUUACAGUGUUUUGCCGGAGGUUUGUGGACAACUCAUUCGGCAGCGUAAUAGGAUACAACUACUGGGCAUGUUGGUCUAUUAUCACAGCAGCAGAAUUCACAGCUAUUCCACUUGUCAUGCAGUAUUGGACUCAAGUCGUACCGGAUUGGGCAUGGUCACUCAUGUUUUUGCUGAUCGUCUUUAUACUUAACAUCUUUGGUGCAAGGAGUUAUGGCGAGGCUGAAUACUGGUUUAGUCUUAUCAAGGUGCUCACCAUCCUUAUCUUCAUCAUUGUCGGCUGCUGCAUUUCUGGUGGCCUUAUUGGUGAUGAGGUCUAUGGUUUCAAGUAUUGGCAAGAUGGUAAUGCAUUUCCUCAUGGAGUCCUUGGUGUGAUUAAUUCGUUGGUGUUGGCGUCAUUGAGUAUGCAAGGAACCGAAAUUAUUGGCAUUACGGCUGGUGAAUGCAGCAAUCCAAGCAAGCAAGUGCCUCGUGCUAUUAGAAAUGUCUUUUGGAGAAUCUUGGUCUUCUAUCUUGGUUCAGUUUUUGUGAUGGGUAUGAUUAUCCCUUGGAACGAUGAACACAACAUGCACAGUGGCAGCAAAACGGUAUCCGUGUCUCCCUUUGCACUUGUAUUUUCCAAGGGUGGUCUCGCAAGUGCUGGUCACGUGGUUAAUGCGAUCAUCCUUAUUACUAUCUUAUCAUGCGCCAAUAGCGGUCUCUAUGUCUCAAGUCGUAUGCUCCUUGCCCUUUCACAAGAAGGUGUGGCAUGGAAAAGGCUAUCCUAUGUUACCAAACGCGGUGUUCCCAUCGGUGCAUUGAUCUGCACUGCCCUUGUCAGCGUUAUCACCUUUGUCACAUCCUUCAUUCCUGGCCAAGCCUUGUAUUUGGUGUUGACAAGUCUUGCUGGUGUUGCUGGUUUUGUGACCUGGUUUGGUAUUGCCAUGGCCCAUUUCCGCUUCCGUAGGGCACUCAAGGUGCAAAAUAUGGACUUGGCUAUUCUUCCAAUGACCGCACCACUUCAUCCCUUUGGUGAUUUGUUUACCAUGUUUGCUUCGGUGGUGUGCGCGCUGAUCACUGGUUACUCGUACUUUGUCCCAGCAGACCCUGUAGGCUUGGUUGGCAAUUAUGCUGGCCUUGUCUUGUGUGUCGUGGGAUUCAUUGUCACCAAAUUGUACACAAGGUCGAAAAUGGUUCCUCUCAAGGACGUUGAUCUGGUCACAGGAGCUACCAUGCACAAAGACACAGAUUCCCAAUUCGAAAAUGGAGGUGCCACAGCUCCUACAGGUCCAUGGUAUUCCCGUGCUGCUGCAAGGAUAGUCGCCGUCUUCACUUAA